AUCAAUGUCUCGCUCUCUCCCUGAAACAUAAUUUAGAAUCUACAUCCUCCGAGUCAAAAAACACGUAUAGGGAGAGAGAGAGAUCAGAGAGCUUAAGAAGUUCUCUGGUCUGAACAGAGGAAACAGAGAGAGAAAGGUUUGAAACAGAGUACGUACCACUGCAACCCAGCGGCGCCACCAUGUGCAACCCUAACACCAGCACCAACACCACUGCCGCCGCCGCCGCUGCCAUCACUCCCAUUACCACCACCACUGAUGAUGAUCAGACCCAUAUCUUCUCUGAUCUCAUAACACUGCCCUACUCCCAGAAACCCCCGGAGCUGCAAAAUCACGAAAGCGACGACGACUCCCAAUCCUUAAACCCUGCUACAAUCUCAGAUAUCAUCGUCGAAACCAAGUCCCUCUUCCGCCUCGCCUGCCCCAUCGCCCUGACUGCUCUCAUUCUCUAUUCUCGCUCCAUCGUCUCCAUGCUCUUCCUCGGCAGCCUCGGCGACGACGAGCUCGCCGCCGGCUCUCUCGCCAUAGCCUUCGCCAACAUCACCGGCUACUCCGUCCUCUCUGGCCUCGCUCUGGGCAUGGAACCCCUGUGCUCCCAAGCCUUUGGAGCCCGACUCCCCAAACUCCUUUCCUUAACUCUCCAUCGCUCUAUAAUUUUCCUCCUCCUCUCCUCCGUACCCAUAUCCCUCCUCUGGUUAAACGUGUCAAAAAUCCUUCUUUGCUUGCAGCAGGACCCAAACAUCACUCGCAUCGCCCAUACGUACCUCCUUUUCUGCCUCCCCGACCUCCUCACCAACUCCUUCAUUCACCCCAUCCGCAUUUAUCUCCGCGCCCAGGGCAUCACCCACCCGCUCACCAUCGCCUCCCUCGCCAGCGCCGUCGUCCACGUCCCGAUCAACCUCCUCCUUGUCUCCCACCUCCGCCUUGGGGUCGCCGGCGUCGCUGCCGCUGCCGCCGUCUCCAACUUCCUCGCCCUGCCCCUGGUUGUCGCUUACGUGUGGGCGCGUGGUCUGCACGCGCCGACGUGGACUGCGCCGAGCCUGGACUGCCUCACAGGGUGGAGGCCAUUGAUCAGGCUGGCGGCGCCGAGCUGCGUGUCGGUGUGCCUGGAGUGGUGGUGGUACGAGAUCAUGAUCAUCAUGUGUGGGCUCCUGAUGGACCCCAGGUCAACGGUUGCCUCUAUGGGCGUCCUCAUUCAAACCACGUCGCUGAUUUACGUGUUCCCGUCGUCGCUGGGGUUCGCCGUGUCGACGCGGGUGGGGAACGAGUUGGGAGCGAACCGUCCGCAGAGAGCCAAACUGUCAGCGAUGGUUUCGAUACUUUUAGCGGUUGCGAUGGGCGUAUCGGCGACGAUAUUCGCAUCCGGGAUGAGGAACGUGUGGGCCCGGAUGUUUACGAACGACGAUCACAUCCGACGGCUGACGUCGGCUGCCCUGCCCAUCCUGGGGCUGUGUGAGCUCGGGAACUGUCCGCAGACGGUGGGGUGCGGUGUGCUCCGGGGAUGUGCGCGGCCAUCUACGGCUGCGAACGUGAACCUGGGAGCUUUUUACGUAGUCGGCAUGCCGGUGGCCGUGGUGCUGGGGUUUGGGCUGGGGUUCGGGUUUGUUGGGCUUUGGCUGGGGUUGCUGUCGUCCCAGGUCUGCUGCGCUGUGCUGAUGUUGUUCGUGGUGGGGUCCACCGACUGGAAGUUUCAGGCGGGGAAGGCGGAGACACUAACGUGCGCGGAGGGCGUAGCCGCCGCGGAGGGGCUGAGGCUGCCAUUGGCCAAUGAAAGUGAGGAGGGUGGUGACGAUGAUCUGAAGCAGCCGUUAAUUUGCGUGACGGUGACUUCACCUUGAUUGGAUACGAGAGGACAGAAAUUGGGCCCAGCCCUUCCCUCCGGCCCGGCCCAGCCCAACUCAGCCCAGGUGUAAGGUGUAAUUAUUAUUUUAAAAAAUAUGUUUCUAUUUAUAUAUCUUUUUUAAGCCACCCAAAGUCCAAUUAUGGAUUACUAAUUUUUAUAUAUAUAAUUUUGAGUUUUGGAUA